CGGGAACUAUCGUUACGUAACUGCAUAUUUCGGAAAUUUCUAUCCCCUUGCCCUGACAGACUGGCCUUCUACUUAUGACCUCCUUGCGUUUUGCAACUGCGAAUGUCCUCCCAUGAACAGUCGCUGGUCGGCUCUGUAUUUGAACGCAAGACAUCUACAGCCCAAAGCCUACCCUCUUCAAGAUUCUCAAACACUCCUGGCUCAGGUUUUCCGGCUGUUCAGCACAGGUCAAAGAGCGCAUUUGCUCGCGCCAAAGAAGAGGAAAAGAACAGUAACAAUGCUAGGUAUACAACCGUACCUCUAAUAAACCCUACGCAUUUCAUCAAUCAACCUCGAUCUCGAGAUCUUGGGGUGGAUGCACACACCGCCGAUGAUGCUAUGCGUCGACAGAUUAGUGAAGAAAAUGAGCGCCGGGUGGCUAAUAUGACUGAAGAGGAGCGAGAACAAGAGAGACGCGAGGUUUUAGAGCAACUGGGAAGUGGUGCAGAUGACCUUCUGGAGCGUGUACGCGCUGCAAGAUCAAGAAAUACAAUGAAGGCUCCCGCCAUAGCUGAAGGUGUACUUAUACAAAACGAGCAGGCUCCAGGGGUCUCCUGCGAAAUUCCGAUUGUUCCUUCCUUACCUGGUCUUGCUACGAGACGCAACCUUUCAAGGGUCAAGAGCCUGGAGGAUUUCGGGAAAAGAGCUCCCCCAAUCCUGGUGAAAAGCAGUACUAGGCCUUCGUCGCCUAGUAAAGCUGGUCGCCAACUUCGCUUUGCGGCAUUAACGCCUGAUGAUGUCUACGUGUAUGAGUCUGCGCCAGUAUCUCCCAAACGAAAGGCCAUUGCGCUCCCUCCACCUCCAGAUACUCCGGAUUCAUCAAUUGUUUCUCUGGGUACAUUCGAAGAGAAUGGUUUAUCGCGGAAGCGACCGCUUUCUCCUGCAAGGCCCAAGGGUAACGACAUGCCUGCGCAGAAGGUUACGAAUGACAGAUCAGAGCCCGAGGAAGGCACUCCAGAAUAUAUUCGGAGACGAUAUUUCCCAAAUAUGCCUCCAGACGACCCAUCUGUGUCUUGGAUGAAACCAUCGUCGUCAAAUUCAGAGCCGGUUCUGCUUCGUUUCGAUCUAACGGGUGUUCCUAUCCCUGCAGAAAUCUCUGCCGCUCUACCUUCUCAUCUGGGCUUGCAUCACCAUGCAGAUGGGGAUCAUGCAGGAUACACUCUUGAUGAUAUAUUUUUGCUUUCUCGCUCCACUGUCCCUGCACAACGCACCACGAUGCUUCAUAUCUUGGUUGGCAUCGCGCGCCGGUUGGGCAUGCAAGUGAGGGACCCCCAUUACACAGACAGGAUUUCAGAACUUCAGGGGAAGGAGGAGGAACUACGAACACGUAUUCUCACUGCCGGACUCUCCGCGAUGAAUGAGAAGGGUGGCGUCGGUGUCCAAGCCAUUGAGGUUGUCUGGGAGUGUAUUGUUGGCUGGAGCGCGGUGUUCGAUGCUAAGCAUGCCGAGUUAAAUCUUGCUCCUGCCAUCAUGUCCGUUUUGCAAGUGCCCGACUUCCUCACUCAAGUUACAGAACUCUUCACGCAAGCAUCCUUACCCCCUGAAUCCCUGGCCCAACUUCUGUCCAUUGUCUUUCGGUUAUCGCAGGAGUCGAAUUCUAUUGCUGAAUCAAUCUUGAAGACCCCUCGACUGCUCCCUUCCCUAAUGCAAACAUUUCUUCUUACGCCUAUACCGCCCUCAUCAGACACAACCCUGCCUAACCCUGUUGCUCUCCAGUGCCUUACUGUUCUUGCGUCGUCCUCUCGGACUAACGCUAUGGCGCUAUGUGAGCCAGCCGAUGCCCUUCUUCGUUUUAUUAUCAUGCUACCUCCUGCUUCGCCCUUCCCCGAGUCUCUUGCCACAAAUCUUCUCGUAGAAACCCUCCAUCUAUAUGCCACUCUUGCCUCCUACGGUCUAUAUUCGCAUAUAGCGACAUCUGCCGCUUCUUACUUUGCUUCUUUGUUCGCCUAUAUCGUCUCAUCCAACUCGAGACCGCUGAAAGUGGCGUGGGCAGGACUUGUGGAAGCAUGGAUGGUCUGCGCAACGGAUCCGCAUCACACGACUCCACCGCAUGAUAUCUUGUGGAGCCAGGUGACUAGCUGGGGCUGGGGUGUCGAGAUACUUCAGUUUCGCCAGGGAAUAACGGAAGGGGAGGGGGAAGUAUGGGCAGCCAUCUGGAGUGCUUCGUCUGCAUGGCUUGAGGGUGCUCGGGUCAAUGGCAUCAAAGGGGGAGAGGGAGAGCGUGCAGAGAUUCUCAACACAAUCCAGGACGGCUUUACCAAGGGAGUUGAACAUAGCGUAGUAACAGCUUCCCUAGAGGCUCUGCGGACUGAACUUGCACAGAUACACAACGCGGCACUAUCAGAGCGAUAUCAACGCCUGCAGCAUAUCGGCAUGCAUGCGCGUGUGCUUUCCUCUGCAGUCCGCCUCUGGCUUGCAUGCAUGUCUAUCGUAAACAUCGAUGCAAGCACUACUGCUCCGCUUGCUGCCCCGCCGUUUAACCUUCCUUUCACUGAGCUAUCGUCCUUCUGUGCCUUAGUCGUCUCGCAUUCCCUUUGGUCGCUUGUUACGGGUGUCGAGCAAGCUGCCUACAAGUACAUGGCGACAUUUUUGGCGUAUUUCCAUAGAUUAUCGCGACAUAUCCCCGGGACAUCUCCUGACCUCUGGGUCGCACAGGGUGUGGCAAUCCUCGAAAGGCAGCUCCCUGGAGAAGAAGAGCACGCUUUUCAGAUCCUUGGGUCUAUUUUAGCCAUCCUCACGCCACAGUUCCUCGGCGCAAUGGCACCUCCUAGCAUUUGGGAGAAGGGCGGAUGGAGCGUCAUCAAACCUUUUCUGGACUACACAAUUCGUCCGAACCGGGAGGUAUACAUUGCUCCCAGCGAUCCCACACCAGAAUCGAUCAUGCGGUGUACAACUCUUCGCCUCCUGUCGUCUAGCUCCUUAUCAUCUGUCCCUGAUAACCAUCACCCAAUUGGCCUUCCGUUGCCUCAUGUAUGGCUUACCUCACCGAUUGAUCAUCUUCUCCGGUCCGGGUCUUCGCCCGUUCUCAAGGCGCUCCCUUCCUCAUGGGACGCAUCGGAAGUUGAUGUCGUUCGCGCGUCGCUGUUGCUUGUCAAAGCUACGCAAGAAAUUGUAGUACGAUAUAGUUUAAGCCAGUUUGCCCUGAAGCGCUCAGAGACGGUUUUUACUUGCAUGAAAGUGUUCAUGCUCGAGCACGGCCAACAGCAGGAAUGUCCCUCGCCGGCGACAGGAGAUGAAGAAGAAGUUUUCCGAGACGUCAUUGUGUCAAAAUUAAUGUCAGAUCUUUUGGCACCGUUUACCCUCGGUGCUGCUGCGGCUUCACCACCCUCAUCCAAAUUGCCUGAUAUUGACCUGGAGCAGGCCUCUCUUCCAUUCCUCGGAUCAGGCACACCUUUCUACCAGUUUUACACCGACUUCCUGGCACUAUACGAUGCUAUCUCCUUCUCACACCCGAUCUUCGCAUCCCUUCUCCUUCCACCUCUCGCGCUAACCUAUCCCAUCGACUAUCGUCGGAUACUAUGGGCAGACUUUGCGCAUGUGUUGCGUACUGUACGUACUCCAGUGGACCAGGUCAUCGCAGGGGAUCUCAGAGAUUUCCUGUACCCAGUUGAGAAAGGUGAAAUGAUUGGAAAAUACGUCGGUGCGCUUCUCCAAGGAUCAGUGGAUGGAUUCCUGCGCCUUGUUGCAGUGCACCACGUGGCGUGCAGUAUCUGGCCUGACCUUCGAUCCGAGGAAGUUGAGGCUGAGCAGGGCAAGAUACUGUUAAAGAUGGUGGUGGAGAAAGGAGAUGGACGCAUUGUGCGAGAGGUGUUGAGGUACCGACAGGUUCGUGAAGAAACGGUUGUUUAUCCCCCUGCUUGCUUUGAAACAAGUGGGGAGUGGAUAGCAGACCGAGCAGAAUUCGCUCAGCAGGCGUUGGGCAGCGAGUUGCAUGAGAGACUUCAGGGCGUGUUCUAUGAGUAAAUAUUUAUUUGGAUUACAUCUAGGGUGCCCGUAUAGUAUUUAUCCCACCUUUGGGUAUUCAUGAGAUUGACUGUGAGCGGAGAACGAUCAGAAUUUAGGAUUCAAACGCAAUUCAAACGUGUUGGAGCCAGAAGCUUGACGGUGGUGAAAAUGGGGCCACAUGAUUUAAUGUCUAGCACGAUAUUAUGUAUCUGCGGGUCAGUUUGGAUAAUACUAUACUACUAGUAGAAGCAUACCUAACGUACUAGGACGACAUGCAGAGCCACCCACGCCUCAGGGCUCCGGCUGUAUCAGGGUGCCGGAGCCAUCGUACGUAGAACUUAUGAUCCACGUGUAAAGUUAGGAUUCUAGUGACUUUGUCGGAAA